GCAGAAUAGGACUGCUGAUCUAGGAUCAGGUCCCCCAUGUCCAUGUUAUCCGAUUCAUUGUGAUCUAAAAGGCAGAACGAAUCCCAGAUCAGCACUCCUACGCUUGAUACAUGGCCCUAGAGCAGAGCUGGUUGACAGAAUAACAGAACGUAACACAAACACACUUUUGUCUCUGGCAGAAGGAGGCAAUGAUUUCGCAGUCAGCAAGUAGCCAUGUGAAGAGUCACAAUACCCCCUGUUUCAACGAGCGAGUGCAAUGUCAAGAGUUGACCCAUAUUGGAGUGAAGAUACAGAACACUGAUGUAUUCCUUUCUCAGGGGAUAAUGAUGAUGAAUACACUUAUAAAUCCAGACAUACAGAAACCUGUCUAUUAUAUUAAUUCAAUGUGGCUGAUUUCUUCUUCACACUGACUGUGUGAUUUGAAUGACAACCAAUGCCCUUUACCCUCUGAUGAUUGUAUCAAUGAUUAAUCAAUCCAGCCAAUCAGUUCCAAUGUUUCUUUCCACUAUAAAACUAUGAACAUUCCCCACAUGCAGGUAGUCUUUUCUUCUUCUUGUAAAAACAGACAUAUUUGUCUUCUUCUUGUGAUUGAUUAGUCAACCUGAUUCAUCUUCGGUGCACGUGCCCUACUUUGGAACCGCCACUAGAGGCGACAAAAUUAACGUUCGUUUGCCUCGCUAACUUUAGAAGCAAGUUAUUGGAUUGUGAAAGUAACGUGAAAGACAGAAUGGCAGAGAAUUGUGAGAGAAUGGCAGAAUGGCAUAGAAAUAGUUCCCAAAUAAAUACGUUGGACAAUGAGAAACUUGUAAGACCAAAAGAGAAACUGCAUAUCUUAUUACAACAGGCAGGUGCAGACAAAGACAUUUUCACCUUGAAAGAGGUGAUAUUCUACCUGGGACAGUACAUCAUGAAGAAACAGCUUUAUGACAUGAAGCAGCAACACAUAGUGCACUGUGCUGAUGACCCACUGGGGGCUGUACUGGGAGUGGACAGCUUCUCUGUUAAAGAACCACGAGUCCUCUUCGCUAUGAUCACACAAAAUCUCCUCGCGGUGAAAAAUCAAGAAUCCCAAUCUGUCUUCACGGAACCCAGGAGCCAGAGUGAACCGGAUAGAGGGCCUAAGGACACAGACUCAGACUGUCAUUCAUCAUCUACCUCAGAACGCAGGAGAAGGAGGAGGAGUAGUGACCCUGAGGGGACAUCAUCGACACAAGAGGAGGACGGGUGUGAGCCCAGGAAGAGACCUAGGUCAGACAGCUUUUCUCUGACCUUUGAUGACAGCAUGUCCUGGUGUGUGAUUGGAGGCCUGAAACGAGACCGGAGGAGCAGCGAGUCUUCAAACUCCCACAGUAACACUGAAGUAGGUUCGUUGGUCAGUGACGUGUGUGACGAUGGUCUGAGCCAGGAUCUGGACUCUGAGUCUGAUAACUUCAGCGUGGAGUUUGAGGUGGAGUCCAUCGACUCGGAUGCCUACAGCGAUCCCGAAGAGGCUUCAGUGUCUGGAGAGGACGAGGUGUAUGAAGUCACCAUCUUUGAGGCAGAGGAGGAGGACUCGUUCGAUGACGACACUGAAAUCACGGAAGCGGACUACUGGAAGUGCUCAAAGUGUGAGGAGUUGAACCCUCCCCUCCCCCGUAACUGCAACCGCUGCUGGACGCGUAGAAUGGAUUGGUUUCCCGAGGCCGACAGCAACUCUGCUACCACCACCACCAUAGCCCCUAACCUCAAACCCUUUCCCCCCAAGCCUUCCCCAGCCCCGACAGAGCCCGACGAGACCGAAGGACUGGAUGUCCCAGACGGGAAGAGAGCCAGGUCGCCCCUUCCCCUCCUCAAAGACUCCCAGGAUUUGGUCUCUGGGCCCGAUUCCCAAGACUCGGCCUGCUCCUCCCAGCCCUCCACCUCUUCUUCGAACUCCAAUGGUGUAGGCUCAUGCUCGUCCUCUAGCGCCCCCUUCAGCCAAGAAGUGAUGGCACCAGACUUGGAGCGUUUCAACAGCCUGGAGGCUCACCUCCCCGCCAGCUGCCUGGAGCCCUGCGUCAUCUGUCAGACCAGGCCCAAGAACGGCUGCAUCGUACACGGACGCACCGGACACCUCAUGGCCUGUUACACCUGCGCCAGGAAACUGAAGAAGAGGAACAAGCUGUGUCCUGUCUGCAGGGAGCCUAUCCAGUCUGUCGUCUUAAUUUAUCUCAGCUGAGGACGGCUAUCGGCUAAGACUGUACAUUCCAAAUAGCAGUCUAUUCCCUAUGUAGUGCACUACUUUCAACCAUGGCCACAUAGGACUCUGGUCUAAAGUAGUGCACUACAUAGGGAAUAGGAUGUAACCCAAAGCUACACAGCUCCCUGAUCCUCAAAACAACUUAAAUCCUGAAUGAAUAAGUAAUAUGUUUUAAUUUGUUUAUUUGGAAGUGAUUUUAUUUAUUAACAGUUUGUUGACUAUCAAACAAGGAACCUGUUGAUGUGGGUUUGAUUUCUAGUGUUCAGUCAAAUAGCCUUAAUAGUUUUUCAAAUGGAUCAAAUUCUCUUAGCAGUCAUAUUCUUUAUUCAAUCAAAAAUAUAUUGAAUAUAUCUAGCAAAUUAACAGAUAUAUAUUUUGGUUUUUCUUUGUUUAUUUUCACCUUGUGUCUUCCCUCUAUUCUGCACAGAUGAUAAUGACAGUCUUUUAUAAUUGUAUCUAUAAUGAUAUGGGGUUUAAUAAGCUACGUGAACGUCUAAUGUCUCAAAGUUCACCAGUAGAAAGAGACAUUUGUUGUUGACUCGUCGACAAGAGAGCGAGUGGGUAGUAGUUGCUAGGGGGACGGCUUUUCAUUUAAAUCUUCAGGAAACAUGCCUCAACCUAUUAAAACCCAGGUUUUGAUUUGCUGUGAUUCUAGUUCUUUAAACCCUGUUUUUGUAGUUAAAUCUUCCCCCACCAGACAAGCCUCCAAUCUAGUACUUUUAGCCAUCAUGGCUUUCCCCUCCACAGUGGUCUUAGUGUUGGUUGUCAUGGCUUUCAUCUCCACAGUGAUCUUAGUGUUGGUUGUCAUGGCUUUCCCCUCCAGUGCUCUUAGUGUUGGUUGUCAUGGCUUUCAUCUCCACAGUGAUCUUAGUGUUGGUUGUCAUGGCUUUCCCCUCCAGUGCUCUUAGUGUUGGCUGUGAGAGAAGUAUUAAAGGUGUCCUGUUCUACUAGUGCUGAGGAAUCGCAGGAUUUGUUUUCCCAUAAGAAGGAUUUUAUAUCUUAUAUUAAAGACAUGUAUUUAUGGCAACGGUCAUCAAUUCUUAAAUCUUUGCAGAAUCAGUAACUGUCUAGUUCUCCCUGAAGAAAGUGUCUACUCUACUGCAGUAGGCGCUGCUGUUUUCUGCCUCCCCCUGCUGGUAAAAAGGUGCAAUUACAUUACACCUUCGUCCUGGAGAUCUACUGUCUUGUAGGGUCUGGUGAGGACAGGGAGGAGGAGAGACUACCUCCUGUAGGGUCUGUGGUGGGGACAGGGAGGAGGAGAGAGUACCUCCUGUAGGGUCUGGUGAGGAGAGAGUACCUCCUGUAGGGUCUGUGGUGAGGACAGGGAGGAGGAGAGACUACCUCCUGUAGGGUCUGUGGUGGGGACAGGGAGGAGGAGAGACUACCUCCUGUAGGGUCUGUGGUGGGGACAGGGAGGAGGAGAGUACCUCCUGUAGGGUCUGUGGUGAGGAGAGAGUACCUCCUGUAGGGUCUGUGGUGAGGACAGGGAGGAGGAGAGACUACCUCCUGUAGGGUCUGUGGUGGGGACAGGGAGGAGGAGAGAGUACCUCCUGUAGGGUCUGUGGUGGGGACAGGGAGGAGGAGAGAGUACCUCCUGUAGGGUCUGUGGUGAGGACAGUGAGGAGGAGAGACUACCUCCUGUAGGGUCUGUGGUGGGGACAGCGAGGAGGAGAGACUACCUCCUGUAGGGUCUGUGGUGGGGACAGGGAGGAGGAGAGAGUACCUCCUGUAGGGUCUGUGGUGGGGACAGCGAGGAGGAGAGACUACCUCCUGUAGGGUCUGUGGUGGGGACAGGGAGGAGGAGAGUACCUCCUGUAGGGUCUGUGGUGGGGACAGCGAGGAGGAGAGAGUACCUCCUGUAGGGUCUGUGGUGGGGACAGCGAGGAGGAGAGACUACCUCCUGUAGGGUCUGUGGUGGGGACAGGGAGGAGGAGAGACUACCUCCUGUAGGGUCUGUGGUGAGGACAGGGAGGAGGAGAGACUACCUCCUGUAGGGUCUGUGGUGAGGACAGCGAGGAGGAGAGACUGGUCAACUUUCUUUCUAAACAGGAUAUGUUGCUUUCUGUCCAGUCUACCAAUAUUGAUAUUGAUAUUGAAUGAGGCAGCACAAAUAGAUCUUGACACAUCAGGUCUUUGUUCAGUUAAAUUAUUGUUCUGAAGUACUUUCUUCGUUCUAGUUUAGAAAUUACAGGCUAUCCUGCUCUGUCCUCUCUAAAUGGGGCGGCAGCGUAGCCUAGUGGUUGCAAGUUCGAAUCCCCGAGCUGACAAGGUACAAAUCUGUCAUUCUUCCCCUGAAAAAGGCAGUUAACCCACUGUUCCUAGGCUGUUAUUGAAAAUAAGAAUUUGUUCUUAACUGACUUGCUUAAAUAAAAUAAAAAUGGAUCUGUGGUCGUUUACUCAUUUAAAUGAUGUAACAUUAUACCUUUGUGUAAAGGGUUAUUCCAUAAACAACGUGAUAUAUUACUGUGUCAAAAUGUCAACGUGUGACAUUAGGUCUACAUUUAAUUUCAUGUGUAAUUACAGGAAUAAAAGGGAAGAAACUUUGGCCAAA